UCAGUGUCAAUGUCAUGUCAAUUCAUUUAAGAGUUUCGAGACACUGAUGUAAUAAAAUCAAGAAACAAAAUGGAAAAUUAACGCUAAUAAUUUGAAAAAACAACUUACAAUGUUACCUACAAUUUUGCUGCAUACCAAUAAGUCACUCAAGCAUACGAGUUCAAGAACGCAAUUGUCAAGCUGAAUGAUAAAAAUGUCUGGGAUGCAAUGUGUGAGGAGUAACUUGCAAACAAUCCGUCGCGCGGUCCGGCUCUCUGCGGUGUUAGCCCGGCGGCUGGUGGACGGCAGCAGCGCGACCAGCGCGGGAUCCAGCGGUGACGGCGGCAGCGGCGAACAUGCUGGCGGGCGCUUUUCUCACGCGCGCGCCGUCGUCGGAGUGGCUACAAUCGGUCUAGCGCUUGUAGCUGCCGACCAUCAAUAUAAUGAAAAAAGAUUUUUCAAAGCAGCUCGACUUGGCAAUUUACAAGAAAUUCGCAGGCAGGUAGAAUCAGCAAAGGAGAGUCGCGGGCGUGACGGCGGCGGCGCCGACCGGCGGCACGCGCUCGGCUGGACGGCGCUCAUGGUCGCCGCCGCCAACGACCAGCCCGCCGCCGUCGCCGAGCUGCUCCGGCUCGGCGCGCGCCCCGACCUGCAGGAGAAGUACGCGGGCGCCUCCGCCGCCGCGCAGCAGCAGGGCUUGCAUCCCUUGGAAGCGAUGCAGCGGCGUGAGGACGAGUUCAGCUCUUCCAUGAACUCGCGUGCCUCGUUCCUCGGCUGGACGGCGCUCCAUUACGCCGCUUUGGCGGACUCGGCGGGUUCCGCCGCCGCGCUGCUCGACGCCGGCGCCGACCCCACCGCGCGCGACCACGCCGGCCGCCGCGCGCUGCACUAUACGAAAGAUCCCUCACCUACGAGAGACCUCAUUGUAGAGCACUCGGCUCGUUGGGAAGAAAAGCUAGCCGCCGCCGCCGCCGAGGAACGCCGCAGGUUCCCUCUAGAGCAACGCCUGAAGCAGUUCAUAGUGGGCCAGACGGCCGCGAUCGAGACCGUGGCGGCGGCCGUGAGGCGGAAGGAAAACGGAUGGGCUGAUGAGGAACACCCACUGGUGUUCUUGUUCUUGGGGAGCUCGGGGAUUGGGAAGACUGAGCUGGCUAAGCAACUCGCCAGGUACAUGCACCGCGAUGACCCGGCGGCGUUCAUUCGGCUGGACAUGUCCGAGUACCAGGAGAAACAUGAGGUGGCUAAACUCAUCGGUGCUCCUCCGGGGUACGUGGGCCACGAGGAGGGCGGGCAGCUAACGCGGGCGCUGGCGCGGCGCGCGGACGCCGUGGUGCUGUUCGAUGAAGUGGACAAGGCGCAUCCGGACGUGCUCACCGUGUUGCUACAGCUGUUUGACGAGGGUCGCCUGACGGACGGCAAGGGCAAGCUGAUCGAGUGCAAGAACGCGGUGUUCGUGAUGACGUCCAACCUGGCCGCGGACGAGAUCGCGCAGUACGGCCUGCAGCUGCGGCGCGAGGCCGACGCCAAGGCGCAGCUGCGCGCCAAGGGGACCCUCACCGCGCAUGCGCAUGGAGAGGAGCCCGCGACGGCCGAACAGCCAGCAGAAGGGGAGCCAACGGGAGGGGAGGCAGCGGGAGGGGAGGCGCUGGAGGUGUCCCGCACGUUCAAGGACAGCGUGGUGCGCCCCAUACUCAAGCGGCACUUCGGGCGGGACGAGUUCCUCGGACGGAUCAAUGAGAUUGUGUACUUCCUACCGUUCUCGCGGCAGGAGCUGCUGACUCUGGUGCAGAGGGAGCUGGUGCGCUGGGCCGAGCAGGCGCGCGCGCGGCACGCCGUGGAGCUGCGCUGGGAGGGCGGCGUGCUGGGCGCGCUCGCCGACGGGUGGGUAUUGACUCUGGUGCAGAGGGAGCUGGUGCGCUGGGCCGAGCAGGCGCGCGCGCGGCACGCCGUGGAGCUGCGCUGGGAGGGCGGCGUGUUGGGCGCGCUCGCCGACGGGUGGGUAUUGACUCUGGUGCAGAGGGAGCUGGUGCGCUGGGCCGAGCAGGCGCGCGCGCGGCACGCCGUGGAGCUGCGCUGGGAGGGCGGCGUGUUGGGCGCGCUCGCCGACGGGUGGGUAUUGACUCUGGUGCAGAGGGAGCUGGUGCGCUGGGCCGAGCAGGCGCGCGCGCGGCACGCCGUGGAGCUGCGCUGGGAGGGCGGCGUGUUGGGCGCGCUCGCCGACGGGUGGGUAUUGACUCUGGUGCAGAGGGAGCUGGUGCGCUGGGCCGAGCAGGCGCGCGCGCGGCACGCCGUGGAGCUGCGCUGGGAGGGCGGCGUGCUGGGCGCGCUCGCCGACGGGUGGGUAUUGACUCUGGUGCAGAGGGAGCUGGUGCGCUGGGCCGAUCAGGCGCGCGCGCGGCACGCCGUGGAGCUGCGCUGGGAGGGCGGCGUGCUGGGCGCGCUCGCCGACGGGUGGGUAUUGACUCUGGUGCAGAGGGAGCUGGUGCGCUGGGCCGAGCAGGCGCGCGCGCGGCACGCCGUGGAGCUGCGCUGGGAGGGCGGCGUGCUGGGCGCGCUCGCCGACGGGUGGGUAUUGACUCUGGUGCAGAGGGAGCUGGUGCGCUGGGCCGAUCAGGCGCGCGCGCGGCACGCCGUGGAGCUGCGCUGGGAGGGCGGCGUGCUGGGCGCGCUCGCCGACGGGUGGGUAUUGACUCUGGUGCAGAGGGAGCUGGUGCGCUGGGCCGAGCAGGCGCGCGCGCGGCACGCCGUGGAGCUGCGCUGGGAGGGCGGCGUGCUGGGCGCGCUCGCCGACGGGUGGGUAUUGACUCUGGUGCAGAGGGAGCUGGUGCGCUGGGCCGAGCAGGCGUGCGCGCGGCACGCCGUGGAGCUGCGCUGGGAGGGCGGCGUGCUGGGCGCGCUCGCCGACGGGUGGGUAUUGACUCUGGUGCAGAGGGAGCUGGUGCGCUGGGCCGAGCAGGCGCGCGCGCGGCACGCCGUGGAGCUGCGCUGGGAGGGCGGCGUGCUGGGCGCGCUCGCCGACGGGUGGGUAUUGACUCUGGUGCAGAGGGAGCUGGUGCGCUGGGCCGAGCAGGCGCGCGCGCGGCACGCCGUGGAGCUGCGCUGGGAGGGCGGCGUGCUGGGCGCGCUCGCCGACGGGUGGGUAUUGACUCUGGUGCAGAGGGAGCUGGUGCGCUGGGCCGAGCAGGCGCGCGCGCGGCACGCCGUGGAGCUGCGCUGGGAGGGCGGCGUGUUGGGCGCGCUCGCCGACGGGUGGGUAUUGACUCUGGUGCAGAGGGAGCUGGUGCGCUGGGCCGAGCAGGCGCGCGCGCGGCACGCCGUGGAGCUGCGCUGGGAGGGCGGCGUGUUGGGCGCGCUCGCCGACGGGUGGGUAUUGACUCUGGUGCAGAGGGAGCUGGUGCGCUGGGCCGAGCAGGCGCGCGCGCGGCACGCCGUGGAGCUGCGCUGGGAGGGCGGCGUGUUGGGCGCGCUCGCCGACGGGUGGGUAUUGACUCUGGUGCAGAGGGAGCUGGUGCGCUGGGCCGAGCAGGCGCGCGCGCGGCACGCCGUGGAGCUGCGCUGGGAGGGCGGCGUGCUGGGCGCGCUCGCCGACGGGUACGACGUGCACUACGGCGCGCGCUCCAUCAAGCACGAGGUGGAGCGGCGGCUGGUGAACCAGCUGGCGCUGGCGGCCGAGCGCGGCGCGCUGGUGCGCGGCUGCUGCGUGCUCGUCACCGCCGCCGCCGGCCGUCUGGCGCUGGCCGUGCGCGCGCCCCGCCAGGCCGACUACACGCCGCUCGACCCGGCCCUCUGACCUGAGCCUCGGACUUUACGAGACGAGAACGGGACUUUGUAAGUGUCUAUUCAAAUAAAAAAAACUAUCACCUGAGGCCCUAUCGUCAUACGAGAAAAAUUGCAGUUUAAUUUUAAAUGAUGUAGAAAAUAUGGUUGGAAGUCUUGUUUUGAAAACAACCGAUACUGAAGUUGUGCAACUCUGUUCCGAUUUAAAAUUUUAAAUUUCAUUUUAAAUCGGUGAAGGCUCCUAGUUGAUAAGGCCCAUCAUACAAGAAAAAAUGGCAGUUGUAUUUGAAAUCAAUACUGGAAGAAUUAAGUUCAAUUAAUUUGGUUCUAAAAUCGAACGAAACAUAAGAUAUACCUAAUAUGUUCCGAUUUUAAAUGGUAGAACCAUUACAUUGAACUAAUUAGCACCUACUAUAAGCAGGACCGUGGGCCUUAGAAGAAAAAAAAAAUGGGAAAUUUUAUAAUAUAACUAAAAUACAUGAAGAAUUCCGGUGUAGGUUUAUUGUAACGAACGGAUAUAUGUAACUUUUGGUUACCGGAAUAGUGUAAAACGUAAAAGUUAUCGUGGUAACAUCCAGCGACGAUUAUUUCGUAACGCUGAAAAUAAUUUCGGCCAUAAAACCUUUCCAAAGUUGAAUUGUCAUAAAAUCUCCAUACGAAAUUAUCGUUAUCAAUGUAACUAAAAUCCUGAGUAAUAAAUAUGUAAUUCCUAAUGUUUCCUCUAAGUAUAAUUUAUGACAAUUAUGACCCUUCUGAAAACAAGAUUACGCUUGAAUGAAAAUUAGACCACUAAAACAUCAGGCGUAAAUUGUUCGGUAGUUUAGUAUGGUAAAAGACUGAGCACCUACGCAACAAACAACGUCACGAGAAUCGUCAAUGUUACGUCAAGUUGAGUAUGAAAACUGCCACCCUGCUGCUAUUCAUAAUUUGAAACCGUAAAAUCGGACUUGACUGACCGCAGUUAUAGUUACGCAAAUAGAUUUAAAGCAAUUAUAUAAAAAAAAUAUUGGAGCCCUUAGAAUAGUAGUUUAUGCAACUGAUACAUAAUGAGAGGCCUUAAAAUACAAGUGUGGUUUUAUGAAACGAGCGUUAGCGAGUAUUAUCACACGAGUUUCAUAAUGCGGGUUUGACCUGACCGCUGCCCGCAGAACGCAUCCAGUGUGGCAAAUCCUUUAUACAAUGCAGUAUUCAUAAAGUAGCAGCAAUGCAAUAGUCAAAUCUGAAUUAAUGUUACCGCAAUAUUUAGGAACGUAGCAAAAUAAGUUAUUGUAAACGGAAUUAUCUGUUCUCCGUAAGACAGACAUGGCACCCUCACUUUUUGCCGUAACAUUGCAAGUCAACGGUCAAAGCUUGGCUGUGAAUACAUUUUAUUUAAGGGACCUAUGAUAAGCUACUGAGAUAGUUAAUUAUAUUUUAAAUUAUUUUAUAGCUGUUGUUAAAUUAUAAAAAUAAACGAAACUUCUUAUGA